CUUUACCACCGGAAGUAAAUAUGGCAACUUUUGGCCAUGCUUUCAAAGUUUCCAAGAACUCUAAUAUUUCCCAGGUUGUAAGAUGUUGUAUGUGUAAACAUAAUAUUUAUAAAGAAAGAAGAUUACACACUGUAUCCUUCCAAAGUGCACAGUUAUACGCACAACAUUUACCAUCUUCAUAUACACAGAAUGGAAAACCUGAUAUUAGAUUCACACAGAUCAGAUAUAAUUCUGGAGGUGGGAAAAACUUUUUUCAGAAUGUGUUUGAAAAUAUUAAACGUGACUUCGAAAAGAACAAAGAAAUGAAAGAAAACCUGAAGAAAUUUAGGGAGGAAAGAGAGAAAUUAGAACAGUCUGAUGCAUUGAAACAAGCCAGAAAAAAAUUUGAAAAUAUAGAAAAAGAAACAUCUGGUCUAAAAGAGAGCUUGAAAGGAGUCAGAGAAAAGGUGUCAGAGACAUUUGAAGAAGUACAGAAAUCAGAUAUUGGUAAGAAGGCAGGGGAGAUAACUGAAGAAUUAGGCAAAACUGCUGGUAAAGCUGCAGAGAAAUUAUCACAAUCUACACAAAAUAUAUCUAAGACAGCUUCAUAUAAAACUAUAUCACAGGGUGUUAAAGCUGUCAAAGAUGAAUUUGAUGAAACAACUUUAUCAGGGGCAACACAUUAUAAACCACCAGCCAAAUUAAGAAUGAGAUCAGAGUUUGCCAUGUCAUCAAAAGAAGACAGACAUGUAGAUGCUGAUGAUGAGUCGACUGGUAUGGUUCUUCAUAAAGAUUCUAAAUGGUAUCAGAGCUGGCAGAAUUUUAAAGACAAUAAUGCUUAUAUGAAUAAAGUAUUUGAUUUAAAGAUGAAAUACGAUGAAAGUGAUCAUUUAAUAGUCCGAGGAACAAGAUUUUUUACAGAUAAAAUGGGUCAAUUAUUUGGCGGUGUAUUUAGUAAAACAGAACUGUCAGAUGUAUUAACAGAAAUUUGUAAAAUUGAACCUGAUUUUGAUAAAGAAAGAUUUUUAAAAAUGUGUGAAAAAGAAAUAAUUCCUAAUAUUUUAGAGGCAAUUGUUAGAGGUGACUUAACAAUAUUAAAAGAUUGGUGCUACGAAGCACCAUUCAAUGCAUUAGCAGCACCAAUUAAAGAAGUAAAGAAAGCUAAAUAUGUAAUGUGUUCUAGAGUAUUAGAUAUAAAUAACCUUGAUUUAGCUGCAGGAAAGAUGAUGGAACAAGGACCGGUACUAGUUAUAAUGUUUCAAUCACAACAGAUUAUAGUUGUUAAAGAUCAGAAAGGCAAUGUUAUAGAAGGGGAUCCAGACAAAAUAAUGAGGGUAACCUAUGUUUGGGCUUUAUGUAGAGAUCAAGAAGAAUUAAAUCCAAGAGCAGCCUGGAAACUAUUAGACAUUUCUGCCGUAACUGGUUCUCAAUUUUUAUAGCAUUGAUACAAUUUAGGAUUUAUUUUGUAGUCUGUGAUGUGAUAACUAAAACAAUAAUGAUGUAUUUAUGUAUGUACAAAAGUAUGAAAUAUAGAAAUGCAACAAAUAAAAUUAAUAUGAUUGACAAAAGUUUUUAUCCACCAAAUUUUGCAAUUGUAUUAUUGUAUUAAACAGUUUGAAGACAAAUCACAUGGAGAAGAUAUCAGUUUAUACAAUGUACUUUCUUAAGGAAAACAUGUUUUAUGUUAAUUGUUUGAAAGUUGCUUAUUAGAAGUUUUUUUGCAAAUUUGUAUAAGUACUUGAUUGCUAAAUGCAUUAAUGGUAUGUGCUUGCCUCAAGUGUUAAGUUGAACUAAAGAUUUUAAAAUUAAUAUAUGUUUUCUACACCCAAGCACAAAUCUUGUAAAGAGAGCAAAAAACUGGUUUGCUUCGAGUCACAAUAACAGGGUUUGAAAUUAGCAGGGGCACACUCGCCAAUGGCCCCUAAAACUUAGUGUGGGCUACUUAAAUUUCUGCUUUUCUUGUAUAGGACUAUAUAUGUGGGCUACAAAAUUAAAGCUGUUGGCCACCAUGCCAAAAUUUUAACUUCAAUCCCUGCAAUAAUAUGCACAAACUGCAAAGGCAAUGUAGGCAUCAGUCGAUAAUACCAGAGAAUCUGAUUUAAUCCCUGGUUUUAAAGUUGGGUUUAUAUUGCACAAUAUUGAAUUUUCUGUGUAAUGUUUAGUGCAGUAUUGUUUGUCUUUUUAUGCCCCUGCCAUAGGUAAUGGAGACAUUGAGUGUUACCCUUGACCAUCUUUCCGUCCUUCCCAUUUUUGUUUCCGCACUCGAACUUAAGUUUUCCUCAUCCAAAUUUUAUACAACUCAUACACAAUGCUAAGAAUCAAAUCUUGCAGACAGAGUUCGAAAUUUGGGCAGUGUGUCAUUUACCGUUCUAGAGUUUUGCCCCUUUUUAACUUGGAAAAUUGCAAAGCUUGAGCGAGGGCAUUCGUGUCCUCAGAGGCUCAGACACAUUAUUCUUUAAUCUUCUCUUGUACAUUUUCUCUUUAUUGUGUGUCUUUCUUUGACUUAUGAUUUUUAACCCUUUGGAACCUUCUUGUUUCUCAUCCCACUUUGGAAAUCUAUAAUAAGGACCUAUAGUAGGGUGGCCAGUGUACAAAAAGUCCUCUAGUUAACGAGUUUAAGUUAACAGAAUAACACACGGCUAAUUUUUUUUGCGAUUAUAGGAAAAUCAUUAUAUUUUACUAUCAUGAUUGUUGUCCUAAGUUCCCAUGGUCACGAUUAUCUAAAUUUCCUGUUUUUACAGGGUACACCCAGAUACAGUAUUGUACAGGGAAUCUUUAACAUGAAAAAUAAAAUUUGUGUGCUUUGUUGGUGGUUAAAAUAGUACUUAUAAUAUAGUUUAUAUCUUAAAUAUAUUAUAUAACAAAAGCUGAAAGUAUUUAAGUGAUUUUAGUAUAAGUAUUCAGCAUUUUCGUAAGACUACCUUUUUAACUUAAAUUAACCACAUUUUCGUCAAAAGCAAAAUUAUUACAUGUAUCAUCACGAUAUUUUUUACUUUGAUUAAAGCAAUAUAUAUAUAUAUAUAUAAAAGACACAGUGUAUGUGUGUGCCAAAUUUCAUGUGUGAAAUAAAAGUCGUUUUGAAGAAAUUAGCAAUUAAAAACACAAAUUACGUCAACAUUUUGGCAUUGAUUAAACAUGGAUUAUCUCA